AUGUCGGACGAUAAACGCGACAUCCACAACCCCAUCCUCUUCGAAUGUGCUUGGGAGGUGGCGAACAAGGUUGGCGGCAUCUACACCGUCAUCAAAACAAAAGUACCUGUUACCGUCUCCGAGUAUGGCGAUAGGUACUGCCUUAUCGGUCCUUUGUCCUACAAGACGGCCCCUAUGGAGGUUGAAGCAGAGGAGCCUAAAGAUGUUCAUCUGGCCGCUACUCUCGAAUCUAUGCGGCUUCAGGGCGUCAAGGCCUUGUACGGUCGAUGGCUCAUUGAAGGCAACCCCCAUGUCCUGCUUUUCGACACCGGCAGCAUGUAUUCCAAGCUGGAUGAAUGGAAGGGUGACUUGUGGAAUUUGGCUGGAAUCCCUAGCCCUCCGAAUGAUCAUGAAACAAAUGAAACCAUCGUCUUUGGUUACUUGGUUGCGUGGUUUCUUGGUGAAUACGUGGCCCGUCAACUGACCAUCGCCGUUGUAGCACACUUUCAUGAAUGGCAAGCUGGCCUCGCAAUACCCCUAUGUCGAAAACGACACAUCGACGUCACCACUGUUUUCACAACACACGCGACCCUCCUUGGUCGAUACCUUUGCGCAGGCUCAGUUGAUUUUUACAAUAACUUACAGUAUUUUGACGUGGAUCACGAGGCCGGUAAACGAGGAAUUUAUCAUCGUUACUGCAUCGAACGGUCUGCAACCCAUUGUGCAGAUGUGUUCACGACAGUCUCCCACAUCACCGCCUACGAGAGUGAGCAUUUGCUCAAGAGAAAGCCAGACGGCGUGCUUCCAAACGGCUUGAAUGUUGUCAAAUUCCAAGCGAUGCACGAGUUCCAGAACUUACACUCAACGAGCAAAUCAAAAAUCAACGAAUUCGUCAGGGGUCACUUCUACGGACAUUAUGAUUUUGAUUUAGAUAACACUCUCUACAUGUUCACGGCUGGACGUUAUGAGUAUCGGAAUAAAGGAGUGGAUAUGUUUAUCGAGUCUCUUGCUCGGUUGAAUUACCGUCUCCAAAAGGCCGGUUCUACGGUCACUGUUGUUGCGUUCAUCAUUAUGCCCGCCACCACCCAUUCCUACACCGUUGAGGCUCUCAAAGGCCAAGCCGUUACCAAACAAUUACGAGAUACAGUGACCGAGAUACAAAACAGAGUGGGCGCUCGAUUAUUCGACCACGCAGCUCGAUUCCACGGGUCCACGAUUCCCACACCCGACGAAUUGCUUUCUGAAGAAGAUCAAGUGUUACUAAAGCGCCGUAUAUUUGCCUUGAAGCGCAAUUCUUUACCGCCCAUCGUGACUCAUAACAUGGCUGACGACGCCAGCGAUCCUAUUCUCAACCAAAUCCGCAGGGUGAAGCUUUUUAACAAUAGCAGCGAUCGUGUCAAGAUUGUCUUCCACCCAGAUUUUUUGAAUAGCAACAACCCCAUUCUCGGUCUGGAUUACGAAGAGUUUGUUCGCGGCUGCCAUCUCGGUGUGUUCCCGAGUUACUAUGAGCCAUGGGGAUACACUCCCGCAGAAUGCACCGUUAUGGGCAUCCCGUCUAUCACCACUAACCUAUCUGGAUUUGGCUGCUUCAUGCAAGAUCUUAUCGAGCACCCUGAAGAUGAAGGCUGUUAUAUUGUGGACCGACGCAUGCAAUCCGUUGAAGACUCCGUCAACCAACUUACUGAUAACAUGUUCAAAUUCACGCAAAAAACUCGCAGACAACGUAUCAACCAACGGAACCGUGUCGAACGACUCAGUCCAUUACUUGACUGGAAAAACCUUGGUAUAGAAUACAGCAAGGCUCGUCAACUAGCUCUCAGGCGCGCAUAUCCUGAUGCAUUCUACGGCGGUGAUGGUGAAGAGGCGUACGGAGAGAGCUUCGGCGAGGGUAUGGAAAGAAUGAAACCUAGCAGUGUACCCGCAAGUCCCAGGUUGAGGGGCAUGGCGACGCCUGGAGACAUGGGUACAUUAACAGAAGAUAUGCAGGCCCUCAACACGAGCGAUUAUCGGGGCUACAAUUGGCCAGGCGCCCAUGAGGACGAGGAGGAUUCGUAUCCAUUCCCUCUUGUGAUGAAAGUGCGUUCGCGGUCAGGUUCGGUUAUGAGCGGAGCGAGCACACCUGGCGGAGGAGCCUUCAAGAGUCUCAGUGAAGGAGACUUGAAAAAAGCAGACGCCGCACUAAGCCAGGUUAAUGGCAGCGGGAUUGCGGCCUAUUGAUGCUGAACUGCAGUGGAUGGACUUCACUACUAGAAAUAUUUACUUGAUUUGUCUUUAGAGAAUUGCUUCCGUUUUCACAUAUAUUCCAUUAGUCACGUGUACAUCUAAGCAAUGUAAAUUGACCACGACACACUACCGACUUUAUUCCUUUCGUU